AUGGCCUUUGAACCAACCAAAGAUGAGAAUGGAAAAACCAAGGUUAAAGAUUUUUCGGAUUGGAAUGCUGAUGAAAAUAAAAGAGCUCACUAUCAUGUUAGAGCCAAGAACAUCAUUUCUUCUGCACUUACUAUUUAUAAUUUUUAUAGAAUUUCCAUGUGUGCAACAACCAAGGAAAUGUGGGAUAUCUUGGAAGUAGCUCAUGAAGGCACCAAUGAAGUCAAGAGAGCAAGGAAGAAUUUUUUGAUCCAACAGUACGAAAUGUUCAGGAUGAAAAGUGAUGAGACAAUAUAUGAUGUGCAAAAGAGGUUCACUCACAUUGUAAACCACAUUCUUGCUCUUGGGAAGACAUUUGACAAAGAAGAGAUAAAUAUCAAGAUUUUGAAAAGUUUGAAUAGGAGUUGGUAG